AUGUGUUUCCACGAAGUAUAUGGAAAGUUAACGGCACUUGAGAAAAUAGAAUACUGUCAGACUCUGCAAUGUGAUGAAACUAUGGCCAAUAAAGUGUGUGGUAUAAUAAAACAAAAUGGAAUAAAAACGUAUAGACUAUUUGAUGACGAAUGUUUAUUAUUGAAAUAUGGGUGUCAAGUCAAGGAUGGUGAAGAAGCUUACGGAAUAAUAGAUAUGAAGUACUGCAUCGAACACACACAACAAGAGCAAUAUGAAAUAAACUGUCCAAAGAAUUGUGAUUUGAAUUUAAAGAAACCAGUGUGCGGUAUUCGAAAAACUGGUGAAGGAUUUACCAUUAAAAUAUUUAGUAACAAGUGCCAGUUAGCUAAAUAUAAUUGUGAGCAACGAUUACAGUUCAGUGUCACAGAUUUUUUUAUAUGCAAUCGAACUAUAAAUCAUAAGCCUCUCUUCAAACACCAUAGUGAAGAUGAGAUGAAGAAAAUUCAUGCAAGCUUAGUCGAAGAGAUUCAUGAUGGACAGAAUUCUUUUGACAAAAAAUCUAAAGAAUUAGCUAAGUCCCGGUCCAGUACUGAAGUAACAAAUAAUUAUAAAACAAGUAUGGAAGAAGCAAACAGAGAAGAGACAAGCAGUAAAGAAACAAUUAAUAACGAAUCAUACACUACAGAGACAAAUAGUGGAGAAAUUUCCACCAUAAAUACUGCAGACACAGAUGAUGUGAAAAUUACUAAUGAAAUUUUAUUAGAAGAUAAAACAACAAAUACUCCUUUAGUUAAAAAUAAAACUAUACAUAAAAAUAUUGUAAUUAUCAGAGGAUCUAUGACAGAUAUGCAAAAUAUUAAUACGACCGCAGACAAUUUCUUUGCCGCAACUCAUGUGUUCGAUUUGCCCGUUCGGGAAAUCUAUCCCAACUUGACCGAUGUUACACGAAGAAGGCUGAUACAUAUAUUCGGCCCGACAAAAGUAUUCAUACCGUGGAUGACAUUCCCUGAAACUAUAAAAGAUGAUUAUUAUCAUAAGCCCACAUUAGGGUCCUGCUUACACAAAUGUCCACAGAAAUGUCCAAAUACUUACGCGCCAGUAUGCGGAGUGCCAGGCAUCGUGGCGCGUGAACCCUCAAUCAUGUUCCAAAACCACUGCUACAUGGAUGUGGCGCAGUGUAAGAUGUUUUGGGAGGACAAGAGUGAAACAGCUCAGAGCUCUGCAUACGUCGAGUCAUCAUUCCUCUUUUGUCUCGGAGAUCAAUUAAACGGCGUAUACCGAUUCCUGCCUCUCAUCAGAACCCUGCAGCACAUGGGCCGACUGAGGACAAAGGGCAAAUACAAGUACAGAUCAAAGAAUAUGAGAUUUUUGAACCAGUUGUUGAGUUAUGAUCCGAAACUUAUGGGUUGA